AUGUUUGAAAAGGGUGAUUCGACCAACCGUGUUGGUAAAGAUGCCAAUAGAAAGGCUGAAGAAAGUUUUGUCAAUAAUGCUACCAUCCAUGAAGCAAAGGAUACUUGUAGACCAGGAAGGUCACACAAUACAGCCUAUGAGAUGUAUAUGGAUUUCACAUAUGGUGGUCACAAGGUUCAAAAGACUCAAUGGGCUCUUCAACAAUGGAAGGGUGGUUUAGUUAUCAAAGAAGAAUUCUUCUAA